AUGAUAGAUAGUUUAGUAAAGCAUAUAUUAAAUAACAAAUGUCUAAGAGUAAUAAUAUUCCAACAUGUAACUGGUAUUCAUCAACAACUAGGUCUUCAAGCUGUUAAAUCAAAAGAUUUAGAAUCAUUGUAUGAUUACAUCAAGUAUGGUCAAACUGAUCUUUUCAUCAAACACUUUGAUCGUUUACAUCAAUUGAUUCUAUUGUUACAAGUAAAAAAAUAUAGAAAGAUAAAGGAUCUUGACCUUUCUAUUAUAAAUAAAAGUAAUUAUAUUGAAAGAUUAUAUUGGAUAUUUGAUGUUGUAUUUGAAAAGAAUAAUCAUGUUGCAAUGAAAUAUUUAAUUGAUCGACUUGGUUCAACCAAACCACUACUAGACUUUAAAUCAUACAAACCAAACUUUACAACUCAUUGCUAUAAAUUCACAACUGAAAUGUUCUAUGUAUUAAGAGAUUCAAACUUUUCAACUGUUAUACCGUUCCUUCAAAAUGAAAUGAUCAAUGUAGUGGUUAAACUUUGUGACAGUGAUCAAUUGGAAUCAUAUCUAUCUAAAUUGGUUAACCCAAAUCUAUCAUCACCAACACUACGUCAUCCCUUUCAAAGUUCAUUUUCAUAUUUAUUUGCCAACAACAACAACAAGGAUAUUAUCAAUACUCUUAUUAGAAUGAUAGAUAUAUUUAAAAGAUAUUCAAUCAAUGUUAUUGGAGAUGUAUUGAUUGGAGCGGUGGAGAGCAAUCAUUUGAAGAUUAUAAAGUGGAUCGUCGAGAAUGUACCAAAUGACGAGUUGGUUGCAUAUUGUCAAGAUCAUAUUAUAUCAAAUGUAAUCGAAACACAUGGUAAAAAAGAGGUGCUAGAAAUGUUAUCAAUAUCAGACAAUCCAACCCGUGCUGAUUGGAUCGGCACAAAUGCUAUUAGACAAGGAAAUCUAGAUUUCGUAGAGUGUAUUUUAAAGACACCACUUGAUAAUAGUCAUGUCAUUAGGAUGUUGGUCGAUACUAUUGUCUAUGGUCGAUUGGAUUGCUUUGAAUUGAUUCUAUCUAGAAAAUAUCAGCAAGAGCAUUUACAACUAGAUGAUCGGAUUAUCAUUGGAGAUAUUCCUCCAGAAUGUUUUUCAGUUGGUUUGGUCACAAGAUUAGUCGGUUUGGGAUUCAAUGUACAGCUUUCCGAUGGCAUGCUAGCGACAGCUAUCCAAGUCAAUCAACUAGAUACCUUGAUCGGUAUGGAUUCUCCACAACUACCACUACGCUUCGAAAACUUUAUCAAACUACUCGGCUAUGCAAUAGAAUGUAACAGUCUAUCUUCAAUCGACAUCCUACUGCACCAUCCACGAUUCAAAGGUCUUUCAGAUUCCACCAUCAUCGACAUUCAUUGUAUCACACUACAUACUAUCCCAACGAUUGAAUAUUUAAUUGCCUCAUCAAUAAUUAAAUUCAAUUGGGAUUCCUCCUCUCCCGUCGAUUACGUGUUGGUCGCCAAGGUUAUUCGUUCGGUUUAUAGACCCGACAUUAUUGAUCACAUUCAGUUGGUUGGUAUAUUUUUAUUGGCAAAUGAUAUAGAAUGGUUGUUUGAUCAAAAAAUCAUCACACCUAGUUCAAUAUCGAAACUAUUAGACGGCGAUAGGAGUAGUGUAUUGGCUAAUCUAUUCAACAUUGCAUGCCAAGCUGGACAUUACAAAGCUUUGGAUUAUCUUUUCGACAAUUGUUCAACCUACCAAAUCGCCAAUCAUUUGUCAUUGACGAGUUUAGCACAAAUAACAGAUGACCAACAGUUUGAACGAUUUUGGACAAAGAUAGGUGCCAUGACAGAAACUGGAAUUGUUUCCUCCACUGUUCGUAUUAUCAGUCAAAUUAUUUUGUCUCCAAAAGAUAUUCAAUGUAACCCUAAAAGAGCAAAGUUUAUGGUUGACAUUUAUGGUACCCUAUAUCGUAGUAGUCAAAAGAAUAAUAAUAAUAAUGCGGUGAUGAAACCAAUAGGGUGUCCCUCAAUACUAGCCCUUGACCAUCAUCGUUUUGUUCACUAUCCAACUCUAAUCGAGGUGUUUUGCAACUCUCAAAAAGUAGAUUGGAUUGAUAAUUAUUCGAUUCAAGAUCGAUUGAUAAUCUUUCAAAAGGCAAUCGGUUUUGGUUAUAUCCUUCCUAUCCCAAAGUUUUUAGAUAAUAAUUAUAACAAUAAUGCUAAUGGUCAAUCCAAUCAAAAAGAUAAAUGUACUUUAAUGUAA